AUGGGGACCCUGCAGACCCUUUUCCUGCUCAGCGCCCUGCUCCUGUCACCUGCCGAGGCUCAGGAGGCCGCGCAGCGUCGCCUGAAGCCCUGGCUGGUGGGCCUGGCAGCCGUCGUGGGAUUCCUGUUUAUCGUCUUCCUCCUCAUGCUGGCCAACCGCAUCUGGUGCUCCAAAGUGAGGGCUGAGGAUGAGGGGGAGCCCAGGUUCAGAAUAGAGACCAACCAGGAUGUGGACCUGAGUGAAAGAGACAAGAGGAAGAAGAAAGAGGAGGUACAGGAGGAGAAGGAGAAGAAGGCUGAGAAGGAAGGAGAGAGAAACUUGGGGCUGGAGCUGGAGGAGAAGGAGGAGCCCGGAGAUGAUGAGAGAGUCAAGAACACAGCCAUGUGAAGACUCACCACACACUUCUUCCAGGCAGCCCCCCAGAGGUACCCCUUCCACACCAUACAAGCAAUGACCUGGAUGUGAAGCCACCACGACAUUCCACGUGGAGUUGAGAACACCGCUCCCAGAAAGAAGACCGGUGGAACUCGCCCUGCCCCUCAGGGAGGGCUCUCCGUGUGCUACACGCGUGGGCUUUACCCGCCCUCCUUCCUGAUGUGUCUGCCUUGUGAUUCCUGGACUUGGAGCACAUUCUUGGUUAUGGAGAAACCCCCAAGCCCUCUGCCAUCUCCUGGCCCCACCUACGUCUACCCACUGCCUGAUUUCUUUUUCCUCUCCCUGACAUCUGUUGUCCAGAA